AGGACAAGAAAAAUCAUCCUACAACAAGAAUAGAGGAGUGAAGAACCCCCUGUUGCCCCCCCCCAUUGGUGGGGUAGUUACCAUGGUGUCGGCUCUAGCGGUGUACCACGGGGCAAUCAGUAAAUUGGAGUGUGAGGAUCGGCUGGGGAAGAUGGGGAAGGAUGGAGCCUACCUCAUCAGAGACAGCGAAACCAUCCAAGCAGCAAUGUGUCUGUGUGUCUAUAGACAGAAGGUGGUGUAUACCUACAGGAUCCUCCAGACCAACACUGGAAACUACAGCCUGCAGACAGCUCCUGGUGUGGAGGAGAAGUUAUUUAAGACAUUAGAGGAACUUGUUCAACAUUAUAAGCAUCGAGGGCAGGGAUUGGCCCAGCACCUGCGCCACUUAGUCAAGAGAAAGACUCUGCUUCAACUCACUGCCCCCAAUGUCAUCGAUGAGGAGCCUGAUUAUGAGAAUGUGGAUGAAUCAGACUAUGUCGAGGUCCUGCCCUCCUGAUUCAGCAGCACACCCUGAACCCUGAACCCUGGCCUGUGACAUUAUCUAUGAGCCUGUGAG